AAACAGUCAUACUUUGAUACAUCCCAGUUCGUUGUGGGAGCCGAAACUGCGGUCACACCGAUUCAUCCUCGUGUCAAUCCGUUUCCAACGAUAGGUCUCGCCCCCACGCGCGUAUCUUCACAAAUAACCGGCAAAAUGGACGCGCUUCGGUCGGCUUUGCAGCCCGUCACCCACAACCUUCCGGGUCCGAUCCGGGACAUCGGCCUCUCCCUCAUCGGAGACUCGUGUUACAAGAAGCUGAUACUCGACAUCGACCUCGAACACAACCCUGAAUGUCUUAAGCUCGCCAUCAGUAAGGCCCUCGGCAUUGGCAUCGUCGCUGCCUCCUCCAUCGUCAAGGUGCCCCAGAUCCUCAAGCUUGUCAACUCGAAAUCGGCCAGCGGCGUUUCUUUCCUCUCGUAUCUCCUCGAGACCAGCAGCUUGCUUACCUCGCUCGCAUACAAUGUUCGAAAUGGAUUCCCCUUCAGCACCUUUGGCGAGACGGCCCUGAUCCUCGGUCAAAACGUCAUCAUCUCCGUGCUCGUGCUCAAAUACAGCGGCAGGGCUGGCAUCGCGGCCUUGUUCGUCGCGGCACUGGCAGUCGGCGUUGCUACUUUUUUCAGCGAGCAGCUUCUCAACAUGCAGCAGUUGAGCUACCUCCAGGCCGGCGCUGGAGUGCUGGGUGUCGCCAGCAAGGUUCCCCAGAUCUUGGCUAUUCUGCAGGAAGGUGGAACGGGACAGCUCAGUGCAUUUGCUGUCUUCAACUACCUCGCCGGAUCCCUCUCGCGCAUCUUUACCACUCUUCAAGAGGUCGACGACAAGCUCAUUUUGUACGGGUUUAUUGCCGGUUUCGCGCUGAACUUGGUUCUCGCUCUGCAGAUGGUAUACUACUGGAACGCGCCCUCGGCCAAGGCACGGGGCAAGCAGAAGGUGCCUGCGGGCCCAAUUCCUGCUGCGACGUCGUCGGCUACCGCUACUGGCGCGUCCACCUCCUCCGAGCCGAGAGCGAAGAGCAAAGGUCCCACGACCCGUCGCCGCGGUUAGACGGACCAGCGUGUGUUCUCUUUCUGGCUGGGCUAGUCCGAGAGUGAUAUUGUGGGGGGUAUUUCUAGUUACUUGCUUUUGUUUUUUUUGGUAUAUCAAUAUUUGGAAUACAUGAGCUUCCGAUG